AUGCAGUCGUGUCGAGAAGUCCGUAAACAGAUAUGUCAGGUCGCUCCACGAGACCUGGACCGCUUUCUCUCACUGCUUGUGGAAGCCACAUCGCUCGCAUUCCAUAACCAAGGCGAGAGAUCUGUCGGAAGUGCCGUCUACGUGGAGUCGUCGCACACUCCAAGUGGGACCAAGAAGUUCGAGGUUCUCGACGACAAGGAUGCAGCUGCGAUCUGUCCGAGCGUAGGCACAGGACAGGACAGGACAGCCCAGUGUUGUCGCAACAAUUCUUGUGCUGUGUCCACCAUCCGUGGAGAGGCCUGUUGCUUUGACCGCUGUCAUCGGCAUCUUGUCUCAUCCGGUGCUCAGCCCAUCGAAGAGAUGAUUGUCGCGGUGGCUAUGAAUUGCCUUUGUGACCGAGUUGGAAGUCUCCAUGCCAGUACUUCGAUCGACAAGCGCAUCGGUACCACCCAGGAAACUGCCUCACGUCUUCGUCCUGCUCUCCGCACCUACAUUGUCGGUGUAUAGUUGCCAUUGAGGUCAUGAUGCCGCGCCGACUGCGCAGCUCCUGGCAGCCACUGGCUUCGUGGUCAACCUGAACUGUUUGGCCUGGAAGCUGACAGGUUUGCGCCUCAUUCGUGCAGCACGCGGAUGCGAGCCAAAGUGGCCUGGAUGAUGCUUGCUCGCACGGCUUGCUGAUAUGACCUCCAUCGUGAUUGUGCGUGGUGGCUGUCUCGGCCUGGCCGUACUUCAUCGUCGUGUGUUGCUCGAGGUCACUGGCUGAAAGCCAUUAAACGACGAUUGGCGACGAAGGACAGCAUGAUGCCGUAAGACACGAUGCUGUACUGUUGUCCGUGUAAUGGUCAUUGAUGAUCCUGCGGCAGCAUCUCCCAGCGCGCCAUCUGAUGAAGUGGUGUCCUCCAAUAGACAUUGCUGGUGACGCUCGCUGAGUGCCGCUACCGCGUGGAAUCUGCGAAGCGCCGCGCAACAGGACGCGUCCGUCGCCGUACUUACCGUCCGCCAGUGUCACCUCCUCAUAUUCAUGACGGUGUCCGUCACGGCGGCGUCGACGACUUAGGCCGCUGUGUACUGAGGGGCAGCGUUACUGUCGCCGUCGGCUGGUAUCGUUUCUCCUCGCCGCUCUCGCUUCACUGCCUGAUCGUUGGUCCAAUCCAACGGCUGCGUGGAAUCUCCAACUGAGGCGUCUAGUGUAGAGCGCAUUGAGCAGACCGUCCCAUCCGUUGUCGUCGCCGCACUGAAGCGCUGACUUUCGAGUCUGCGGCGACAAGCCUCUUCUAGUGCACCGGGAAGUCGCGACCGUGCAAGUGAAGAUGAAGUCUACUCGACAGAAGAUAGCGACUCGACUCCUGCUGUCGUUGACGCGUAUGCGACGGUGAAAAGGCGAGCACAUUGGUUGUGCGGUUAAAAGAUGUUGUUGAGGCUUUGAUCGUUGUAAUAGAAACAGCUCACAACCACUCCUCGAGCAGGCUUGUCUAGUCGGCGUGGGCAACGCAGCCGAGGAACACAUUUAACAGUUCCUGACGCUCACCAAAGAGCAGGAUACACAAUGUUGUGUUGGACUGUUGCCUCGAUCACAUCCUCUCUUGCGGUAGCUUCUUCUACUGAGAACAGAAGUGGAACAUGUUCUAGGUAUGUCAAAGCACGCUGCCCUGGAAUAUGCUCGGCUGGCAUGACACUACUUGCAUCUUCCUUCACGCGAGCAGGCCUGGCAACCACAACACCAAGAAGAGCACGCGUAGACUUGCAUGGCCUACAACAGUGCAUUGCUUUCCCAUGUCCUCGCUGUCGCUCUACCGGUGCUCGGGGCGUUACAAGCGCCGCCACGGGUAGGCACGGGCUCGGUCGUAGUAUUGAGUAUAUCAUUGUGGAUUGUUUUGCAUUACUCAUCCACCUGGCCCCUGGGGCCAGGUGGACGGGGACGGCGGGAAGGGCGGGGUGGUGAAGUGGUUAACGAGGUACGUAUUUCGGC